CUGCGACGACGCAAAAGCGCCACGCUAACGCUAACGGCGCUAGCUACACAGCUCCCAGUCUGGUCAACAUGGCUCCCUUUCCGGACGAGGUGGACGUCUUCACUGGCCCGCACUGGCGAAUGAAGCAGUUGGUGGGCCUUUAUUCCGAAAAGCUGUCUGAGACCAACUUCUCCAACAUUAGCGACUUCCGCUCCUUCCACAAGUCGCUGCUGGCGACCUUCAAGGAGUUCAAGAUGCACGAGCAGAUUGAGAACAAGUAUAUCAUCAGCCUGCUGGAACAGCGUUGCUGCACCGUCUACAACAUGCACUCGGACAACAAACUGUCUGACAUGCUGCUACUCCUCGAGAAGGGCCUGCACAAUGUCAAGAGUGAAUACGAGCAGCUCAACUACGCUCAGCAGCUGAAGGAGAGACUGGAGGCUUUCACUCAGGACUUCCUACCCCACAUGAAGGAAGAAGAAGAGGUGUUUCAGCCCAUGCUGAUGCAGCACUUUACCUACGAGGAGCUGAAGGCCAUCAAGAAGCAGGUGAUGGCGCAGCACUGCACCCAGCGGCCGUGGAACUGCGCCGCAGACGUCCUCAAAGGCUUCAGCCUGUGGAGCCACGCGGAGGAGCUACAAAAGGCCUUCAAAUAUGCGGACCACGAGAAAACCGACUACGAAGUUGAACGCAACGGCUCUUGUUCGGUGCACGUCGCCCAGCUUCCGGUCGAAGUCAUCUUGAGGAUCUUUCGCUAUUUGGGCCCUCAAGAUCUCUGCAACUGCAGCCAAGUGUGUGGCUCCUGGUCUGAGCUGGCCAAGACCGGUUCUCUGUGGCGGCACCUCUACCCCGUACGCUGGGCCCGAGGUGACUAUUACAACGGCCCCCCUGGAGAUUGUGACCAGGAGCCGGAUGACAGAUGGCUCAAGAGCCGGGAGAAGGAAGUCCGCGCGUACCAGGAGUGGGAUGAGGAUGCUGACAUCGAUGAAUCUGAUGAGUGCGGCGACACAUUGGCCAUCAGCACAGCCCAGCGUGAGAAGAGACUCCUGAAUGGAAUCAUCCAGAACCUUCUCCCCGUUGUCGGCCCGCAUGUCAAGUCGCUGGUGCUGGCCUACGGCUCCACCGUUUCCAGCAAAAUGGUGCGUCAGAUCCUCAGUCUCUGUCCAAACGUGGCUCAUCUGGACCUGACGCAGACAGAUGUCACCGAUUUUGCUUUUGACAGCUGGUCGUAUGUGGGCUCUUGCGCAUCUCUGAAGCACCUGGACCUGUCGGGUUGUGACAAGAUUACAGACCAUGCCCUGAAGAGACUCUCUCUGGCACUGGGGGACCUCGGCACCCCGUGGUGGUCACGCCGCCAACGCCGGCAGCGGGCCGUCAUCUUGAAGCAAGAGGCCGGCAGCUGGGGGCCCGCUUGGUUGCCGGCCGACAUCGAGGACUCGGCAGAAUGGACGCGGCGAGGCACCAAGGAGGUCCAGCAGAAGGAGGAGAGAGAGCGCUUUGUGGAGACUCAGCUGGUGGGCAGCCUGUGCUGCUGCAGGCGGGGCCGCAGGACGGGCCCAAACGCCGCAAUUUUGCACUACGCCAUGUCGGCAGACAGGUUUUGCGCUCACGCCGUCUGCUGCAACGGCGGAGGAGUUGAGGACGGGGCCCUCAGGACUAAUGGCCGCCGCUCACCAAAGGACACUAAACGCCCCGACAAUAGGACUAAACAGUCGGGCGCCAGACGCACGCUGAACUUCCUCAGCCUGUCCGGAUGCUACCAGGUCACAGAUGUGGGACUCAGGGCCAUGUCGGAGUUGGGAGGCCUUCCGCUCCUGGAGCAUCUCAACCUGUCAGGCUGCCUGUCGGUCACUGAGGCGGGGCUUCACCAGCUGGUCACGGCCUGCCCCGCCCUCAACGACGAACAUUUCUACUACUGCGACAACAUCAAUGGGCCAAACGCAGACACGGCAAGUGGAUGCCAGAACCUGCAAUGCGGAUUCAGGGUGUGCUGUCGCUCUGGGGAGUGAAGCAAUAUCAACGCUGCCCUGCCUCUCCUUCUUUAAUUGCACUUUAUCCAACUGGGUGUCACUUGCUGUACGUUUCUGUGUGAAACUGUAAGAUGUAUUUUCUUUGUAUACACUCCAAGGUCCAGUGUUUCAAGAGCCACUCUUUCAUCCUAACAACAAUCCCAUCCAACCUUUGCCAGUGUAUGAUUAGUUGGCUGUUUUUUUUUUAUUUUGACAACUGACAAAGGAUUUAGAAGCCGCUUAGAAACACUGUCGCUCAAUAAAAAGGAGGAACAACAGAGAGUAUGUCAUUUUGACACCAAACUUACCAACGCGUUCCUCUAAAAAAACAGGUUGCACAAUACAAAAAAACUGAAUUAUACAAAAGAAUAAAGUCAAA